AUGAUUGGUGACAUCACAGAAACUGAAGAAUGCCAGCGAAAAGAUCCCAUGGAUUUGUUUCAUUCGGGGCAAGUUGUAAAAAUAUGUGCCCCUAUGGUUCGCUAUUCAAAGUUGGCUUUCAGAACCUUGGUUAGGAAAUACAGUUGUGAUUUGUGUUACACACCAAUGAUAGUGGCAGCUGAUUUUGUGAGAUCUGCAAAAGCUAGAGACAAUGAAUUCACAACCAACAAAGGUGAUCACCCACUGAUUGUUCAGUUUGCUGCCAGAGAGGCACAGGUUCUGAGUGAUGCUGCACGGAUCAUCUGUCCCUUUGCAGAUGGAAUAGACCUGAACUGUGGCUGUCCUCAGAGAUGGGCCAUGGCAGAAGGUUAUGGUGCUUGCUUAAUAAAUAAACCAGAGCUCGUGAAAGAUAUGGUGAGACAUGUGCGGAAUCAGAUCGACAACCCUAAAUUUUCAGUAUCUAUUAAAAUAAGGAUCCAUGGGGACUUGAAAAGAACAGUUGACCUGUGUCAAAAAGCUGAAGCAGCUGGAGUUUCAUGGAUUACAGUACACGGGAGAAGUGUAGAAGAAAGGCAUCAACCUGUACAUUAUGAUGCAAUUAAAACAAUUAAACAAAGCAUGUCUAUACCUAUUGUGGCUAAUGGAGACAUUAAAACUUUAAAAGAUGCUGAAAAUGUUCAUCACUUGACAGAAGCAGAUGGUAUAAUGGUGGCUAGAGGACUCUUGGCAAAUCCAGCUCUGUUCGCAGGAUAUGAAGAAACACCUUUCAAGUGCAUCCAGGACUGGGUGGACAUUGCUCUUGAGCAUGGAACUCCUUUCACGUGUUUUCACCACCACUUAAUGUACAUGAUGGAAAGGAUAACUUCGAAACAAGAAAAAAAGAUUUUCAAUGUUUUAUCAAGUACCUCAGCAGUCCUAGAUUAUCUGAGUGACCAUUAUGGUGUGUGA